UGUACUGUGUCCGCAGUAUCUUGGUCAUCUCCUGUACUGUGUCCGCAGUCUCUGUCAUCUCCUGUACUGUGUCCGCAGUCCUGGGUCAUCUCCUGUACUGUGUCCGCAUUCUCUGGUCAUCUCCUGUACUGUGAUCCGCAGUCUCUGGUCAUCUCCUGUACUGUGUCCGCAAGUCUCCUGGUCAUCUCCCUGUUACUGUGUCACGCAGUCUCUGGUCAUCUCCUGUACUGUGUACCGCAGUCUCUCUGGUCAUCUCCUGUACUGCGUGUCCGCAGUCUACUGGUCAUCUCUGUACCUGUGUCCGCA